CUUAAGCUAACGGAAAAAGUAUAGCCUUAUUCGCUUUGUGUAACAUUGUUGCCCUUUUGUUCUCCUUUAGUUAAGUUAAAUUCGAGCGCACAUACACAAAACCAUUCCUGAAAGCUGUUUUGUGGGGGAUGCUGGGUGUGUCAGAAAUGACGGGCAGCAACAUGGCCAAUGCCCUGGCAAAUGCCACAUGCGAACGAUGCAAAAGUGGCUUUGCUCCGGCUGAGAAAAUCGUUAACAGCAACGGGGAGCUUUACCAUGAGCAGUGCUUUGUCUGUGCGCAGUGUUUCCAGCAGUUUCCAGAAGGACUCUUCUAUGAGUUUGAGGGCAGAAAAUACUGUGAACAUGAUUUUCAAAUGCUGUUUGCCCCUUGCUGUCAUCAGUGUGGGGAGUUUAUAAUUGGCCGUGUGAUAAAGGCCAUGAAUAACAGCUGGCAUCCGGAUUGUUUCUGCUGUGACAUCUGCCAGGCUGUCCUUGCUGAUGUUGGGUUUGUCAAAAAUGCUGGCCGACACCUGUGUCGUCCGUGUCAUAAUCGGGAGAAGGCUCGGGGUCUGGGCAAAUACAUUUGUCAAAAGUGUCAUGCCAUCAUUGAGGAGCAACCCCUCAUCUUCAAGAAUGAUCCUUACCACCCAGACCACUUCAACUGCACAAACUGUGGUAAGGAACUGACAGCCGAUGCUCGUGAGCUGAAGGGAGAGCUCUAUUGUCUACCCUGCCAUGACAAAAUGGGUGUGCCCAUCUGUGGAGCCUGCAGACGGCCUAUCGAGGGUCGCGUGGUCAAUGCCAUGGGCAAGCAGUGGCAUGUGGAGCAUUUUGUGUGUGCUAAAUGUGAGAAGCCUUUCCUGGGUCAUCGCCACUAUGAGAGGAAAGGUCUUGCUUACUGUGAGACUCACUACAACCAGCUCUUUGGCGAUGUCUGCUACCACUGCAAUCGCGUGAUCGAAGGAGACGUGGUUUCUGCCCUGAACAAGGCCUGGUGUGUCAACUGCUUCUCCUGUUCUACCUGUAACACCAAGCUAACCCUCAAGAACAAGUUUGUGGAGUUUGACAUGAAGCCUGUGUGUAAGAAAUGCUAUGAGAGGUUCCCCCUGGAGCUGAAGAAGAGAUUGAAGAAGUUGGCAGACACCACAGGACGCAAGUAGAGGCUGCCUCAGUGAAUUGUGUGGUGAUUAGUAGAAUAGACCAAACCAUGGCCUUCAUCCUUUCAUAUGGUGGAGCUUUCAUUUGCUCAGCAUCUGGUUGUCUGUACUAUUACACUUCUUAAGUGGUUUUAGACUGGUAUUAGGCCUCAAAUGACCUGAACAAAAAAGACAAAAAAAAAAGUAAAGGUUUAAAUGAAAUUGAGCAAGAUGAAUUGAACUCAACUACAAAACAGCUUCUAAUUCUAAGAAACUAGCAGUUACUUUACUGCGUAAUCUUUCCGGCAUCUCCAAAUUUCCCCCUGUGAUGUUGACGUAUGAAAAUGAGUCUUAAAUGUGCUUUGCAGUGAUGCCAUUUGACUGAAAAUUCCCUAUCGAGAACAAUUUGCCAUAUAGUUCAUUAUUUAUCCUUUAGCAUCUAAUCUGAUCACAUCUGAUCUGCAUUUCUCUAAGUGCCAGUAGGACAGAACUACAGAAAGCAGAUCUCACUAUAAAGCAGGUGCUACACUCUCCAGGCGUCAUCUGAAUGCCUUUGUUUUAGCUAUUUGGACCAAAUGUUUUCUCUUAUCGGAUUCUCCCCCUGUCAGAUUUCAGCUCUGUCCAAAUUGAAUUCAAGCUUCCUAUAAUUGGUUUCAGUUGGUAAUCAGUUUGUUUAAGAAGACCUAAUCGUACAUUCUCAAGUCUUACCAAUGUACGUAAUACAGCAUUGUCAUGUCCGUGUUAAAAUUUUCAUUCUCGACUGCCAUGAAUGUUUUAAAUAUUCCUUUAAGAGAAUGUAACACUUUUAUUAUUUUCCUUCAGGCCUUGGCUUUGAUGUACUCAUUUGAGCUAAUACAAUAUUUAAUGUGUGCUUAAACCUGCUGCUAUAUUCUGUAGACAGGAGGUUAGAAAGUCGAUACAGUCCAUAAAUGAGCCUAUGUGUUCUGCCUGCAGAAAUGUGCCAUGAAAAUCCUACAAAGACUAAUCAAAAAAACCCCUUUUGUCUGCAUGUGUGUGCCAGUACCAUGUGGCUCUUACGUGAUGGCUUAAAAAGCCAGAAUUGGUGAAAACACAGUAAUUUACAAUCAUUAAACUAGAAACAUCAGCAAGAAUUACGACAUGCAAGAACUUGUCAAAAAUUUAACAAAUGAUUAGGUCAAUAUCACUGUUACAAGAAACUCAUAUGUUGCUUUAAUGUUAUUGCUGUGCCUUAUUAACCACUCUGGAAACAUGUAGGUGUGAGACAUAUGCAAAAUUAAGAUGUUCAUGUCUUCUCAUUCUCCUGAUGCUAGGAUUUGUAGCUUAUAUCGAAUCUUUACGGAACCCUAAAGUUCACAACGCUAACAUAUCGCGUGAAUACAAAAUCAUUUCUCUAACCUCUUUGCAAAGCAUGUACUAGUCACUAUAGAUUUGUUCACUCAGUCUGUGAAUUUACAGUUUACAGAAUUUUAUGCGGUCUCUGAAAAUGCACAUAUUUAGCCAACAAAUGUUUCACACUAACUAAUGAGAACACUGAUUUCUGGAAGAGAUCUGUGAUCAGUAUUUAUAUUGCAAAAGUUAGUUAUUGUAAUUCAUAUG